AGGGAAAGGGCACUGGCGCAAGUAGAAGAUUUGUUUUCACUGCGUUUCGGAUAGCACAGGAAGGACGUGUGCAUUCGUUGUCCGUUUGUUUUCCGCGAGCAAACUCAGUUUUCCGUUCGCUUAUCACUGUCGAUUAAUCGUCGUCCGGUGCAGGUGCGUGGCAGCUCAUCGAUCCAUCGGCAAGACGCGUGUACGCAGCGUGAAGGAUUUCGGUGGUGGAUUGUUCUCCGCGGUUUUGUGGUGGUUCGGUCGCGAUCCGAUCUGGCCUUCCGUGCUUCAGUGCUGUGAGAGGGUAUGGCAAGGGCAAUCGGAAGAAACCCCUAAGCAUUCACGGGGAAAGGAAUUUACACCUGUGUCCCACUGCUCACACGCAGACACACAAGUCGCACAAGUGUUAACGAUGGCAUGAUUCAGUGCUUAGCCUCCGUUGGUUAGUUGUGGAAAAAAGGCAGAAAAGUGUCAAUCGAAUAAAGGGGGUGCAAGAAGGUGGGUUUUGCCGAGUGUUCCUUUCGCCGUGUGGCUGGAACGUGUGUCCGUGACCCGUUUGGUGGAGGUGUGUGUGGUGGAUUUUCAUCGCCGUGUCAUGUGCUGCGAUGCACAUGCUGCUGCCAUCCCUGUUCGCAAGUGUGUGUGAUAAGCAGGCAGGAAGAGGGUGCAAGUGUUGCUUCCGGAAGUAGGCAGUGCGACUGCGACUCCAAGUGCCGCUUGAAAAGUUAGACCGGCUAGAAAGAGAAAGAGCCCGUGUGUGCGCGAGAGAGGGAGAGAGAAAGCAAGUGGGAAAAGUGAAGAAAAGUGCAUACUCCCACCGGUGAAGGCAAUCGAAGGUGAAGAAAAGCCGACAGCCUUGGUCAAAGUGGCGCAACAAUGGUGUCCAUUAUAAAGAAUCAACUGCUCAAGCAUCUCUCCCGCUACACGAAGAACUUAUCGCCGGAUAAGGUAAACCUGAGCGCAUUCCGGGGCGAAGGUGAGCUGUCAAACCUGCAGCUGGACGAGAAUGUGCUGACCGAGCUGCUGGAGCUGCCGGCCUGGUUACGGCUAACGUCCGCCUGGUGCAAUCAUGUCUCGUUUCGCAUAUCCUGGACCAAGCUGAAAAGCACACCGAUUAUGCUGACACUGGACGAGGUGAACAUAACGAUAGAAACAUGCGAAAUAGCACGGAGCGGAACGCCCACCGCUGGCCUCUCGAGCCUCGCCGUACCUCAGGGGAAAUACAGCUUUAUACACAAGGUGAUCGACGGCAUCACGAUCGUGGUGAACACGGUGAACGUCAAUCUGAAAAGUCCCGCCUUUACCGCCUCGGUACAAAUGUCCCGAAUACGGGUCGAAUCCCGAACGCCCAAGUGGCUGUUGGGCGAUCUGCGCGUGACACGACUGAAGGACCCGACCCGCGGCAUGAUACUCAUAUUCAAGGAACUUUCCUGGCAGACGGUACGCAUCGAGGCAUGCAGCACGCAGGACCUCAGCCUCACCCCGCUACGCCUGCUGACGAAUCAAGCCAAGUGCCGCAUCACGAUCAAGAAGCGGCUGACGGACUGUAGCAUCGUUGCCAGCUGUUUGGUGCUAAUUCUGGACGAUUUGCUGUGGGUGCUUACCGAUUCCCAGCUAAAGGCGGCCCUACACUUUGUCGACUCGCUAACCGGCCUCAUCAAAGCAUCGACGAACGUGGUGCAGCGGGUAAAGGCACAGAAAAAGCUGGAAACGUUGCCCGAGUAUCAGGCCCAGCUGGACCAAUCGAAAAAGGCACCGGACACGCAGCAACUGUCCGCCGCCCAGCGUUACUUCAACAUCUACGAUGUGCGGGAAACGUCGUAUCACUUCUUCAGCCAGCGCAUUGAUCUGCACCUGUGCGAUGACGUCGGUGUGGGACGGUCCAGCCACCCGAACCUGACGGACGGUGGCGCGCUACAGAUUUCCGUGCAGGGCUUCCAGAUCGAUUACUAUCCGUACCAUUUGGCGAAAGCCGAUCGAUCGCACUGGGCAAAAUAUCGUGAGGCCAGCAUACCACCCGCGCUGUGGCUCGAGCAAUCACUAAACACCUUCAGGGAAGCCAUACUUAACCUAAGUCAACCAAAUCGACCACCGCAGCAUGCAUCACUGGAAAGAACAACAAACUUUGGCCAACAGCAGCAAACGGCAGCAGCACCCUCGUCACCGGCAGCGAUGGGCCAUCAGCGGGGUGCUAGUACGGCGGGCCUUACAUCCAACGGGAGCCAACAACCGGCAGCCCAAUCCGUUCCCGGCACACCGAACAGUGGCAGCAGCCACAGCACCGCUUCGCCGAUGAAAAAACACGUCCUGGACAAUCUGGCGAAGCUCAUGUGUGCCUGCGUAGUGAUGAAGAUCGAGGAGUUUACGCUGUACCGCGUGACAACGUCCGGGAACAAGCAGAUGCCAAAGGAGUUCGUUGCAGCUCAAAACAAGCGGAAGAAAGCCGAUCGUGACAGAGUGCCACCCGACAUGGCUACGUUGCAUGCCGAGUUUACCUACUUUUACUAUCCUGGAGACUUUGUGUUUCCUUUACCACCCUCGAAAGCGUUCGUCCACAUCAACCCCGUACAAGUGCACUUCCACCUGGACAGUCUUCUGUGGCUGAGCUCGUUCUUGCUGAACCUCCACGAAAGCUUGCUGCGCACGAACAACGUCACCAGCGGUCUCAGCUCCCCGUCCACCCCUUCCAGCGCCUCCGACCCCGAACAGCAGCCCAACAUAAUGUACAUGGACGUGAAGGUGGAAUGCAUUAUGCCGCGGUUAAUAUUCGAAGCCGCCCCAGGUUCACCACUGCAGCGUGAUCGACCGAAAUCGAUGCACGUGGAGGUUUCUCGCUUCGCGCUUACGAACAUCCGCGAGACGGGGUCUUCGAGGGCGGAUCUAGCACAAGCGAUCUCCUCGCUGCAGGAGGGCAGCCUUGUGUUCGGAUCCGGGUUUCCCUCGAAGCCAGGCGAUUUGUGUAUCGUAACCGAUCGGAUACUGUCACACAUUGCGGCAACGGAUUUGGGCGGUGGAAUGAACGGACCACCGGUGUUGAACGGGGGUGACGGAGUCCAGUCAGCUUUUAGCAAUCUUACCCGGUACGCAACGUGGCGUGAGCCGAGGGAUGUAUGGUGUUUAAAGCUGGACCCAGUUUGGGUGGAGUUUUACGGUGCCCGUUCGAUCGGUCCCAGCCGAGCGAUUCCGUUUGUCGAUGCGGUACCGGUAACGAUCUGGUUGCAUGGCCGUUCGGAUGAAAUACCGGACCUAAUCGCACCGGACACGAUUGUCGGCGAUGUGAGCAAGCAGCAGCGUGUGCAUAAUAGCAAUAUUUCUAUUUCCAACAAAUCGAGCGAGAACAGUCUGAUCCUGUCCGUGAGCAGUCUAAAACAAUCACUAGAUUUAGAGUCAACGCCACUCGGUAGCAGCUACUGGAGUGGUGGUGGUGGUGGUGGUGCGGGCGUUGGUACAGGGGUGGACGAUGAGAAGCGCAAACGGUUUUCAACGGCCUCUGCUCAAGGGCCCGAGGCGAGGACGCAACCGCAACUACCCACAGCAUUCCCAUCGGUCGAGGCGGACAGUGAAACGGACAAUCGGACGGCCGAUCUGCACGUCAUCGCCCACGUUUCCAACCUAGUUAGCGUUCAAAUCGAUCACUAUCAGUAUCUGUUUUUGCUUCGGCUGGCCGAAGAGUUAACCGAGCUGGCCACCUUUCUGUCGCUCGAUUCGAAGCGUAUUUUGCAAGCGGCAAAUACGGAAAAAUCGAUUAUCGUUGGCUGUGUGAUACCGCAGGUGGAAGUUUCGCUCGUGAUGCCUUCACAGACGCCCGGCAAGGAGUCGAGUGGCGGUGAUGGCGAGAGUGUUUUACCGGAUUCGGCCAGCUUAGGUUCCGGGUGGCCAAAUUCGAUGGACCAAACAAGAAAUUCUAACAUUUUUAGCAGUACCGAAUGUCCCUCCCCAAUCGCAACCGAACCACCGGUGGAAGUACAUCACAUUUCCAAUCCCAAUACCCACGGCCACAAUGUACAGAUACAAAGUAUACCGACAACCUCGUCAACGUCGGGCGUUGCCUCGGUCGAAACGCCGUCCUCUUAUUCGGUCAUCGUAACGGCACGUACCGUCGGUUCCGCGAAUGUCGCCAUUCCGGUUCAGGGUCAGCAUACGGCUUUGGGUCCUCCACAAGCACAAUCGAAGGCACGCAAUGUAACCACCGAUUCGUCGUCCUUUUCGAAGGAUCUCAAUUCGGGGCUUAGCUCGAUGAAGAAAGGCUUUUCGCACCUGAUGACUUCAAUCGAUUCGGCGCUCAAGACCAACACGUUGGACGAUAUCAGCGAUACGUUGUCGGUGCAGUCGGAUCUUAGCUCCGAUUCGGAGCUGCAGCGCGUGCUGGAGGAUACGGAGAAGACUACCGAUUGCAUGGACGCCAUGUUUAAGCUGAAUCCGUUCGGGCAGGAAAGCGCCAUCAAGAUGGCACCGAUCGAGGUGGCCAGCGAGGUGUGUGAGGAUCCGUUCCUGACGAACAUGUCCUCGCCGUCUGAUCCGUCCGAGAGCAGCAGUCUAAAGCGCCGGGACAUUGUGUCGAUGGUGACGUUUAGAUUGACCACGGUGGAGGUGAUACGACAGAAUGUGGGCAAUGGUUCGUCGCUCCGGUUGCAGGUAUCCGCGAUUAGUUGUGAUGAGUGUGGUGCGAUACCGUGGGACGAAUUCCAGGGUGGCCACCGUAAGAGCAAGACCAAGUUCGGAACUAGAUGUAGAGCAUGGAACAUUGCACCGCAUAAUCCGGAAGCACCGCCUUGUGUUGCGAUUAGAUUAGAGGAGGAGCUCACCCUGCCGGCUGAUUCGUGCAAAAUCACCGACAAGAAGACAAUCCUGAGCUGGUUCAAACGGAAGCUAAACGUCGAGAUCAAAGACAUCGAUCUGCAGCUGUCCAUGAGUACGGUCGUGGGGUUGGGCGAUCUGGCCGAGGAUGAGGUGAUACCGACCCCGAUCCCGAUGGAGGUGACGGUGGAGAAUGUGAAGAUCAAUCUGAUUGAGGAUCGGCCACCGGUGAACAUUACCUCGCCCGGAACGCUGCCCGUAAAUCUGGCCAUCGGUCGGGUGCUGCUGACACGCGACGAGGCGGGCGUGUUCUACGUGCAGCCCACGUUCGGCAGCAAGGCGGACGACACGGUGGACGGUGGCAAGCGGAAGCUUAACCGAUCGGACACGGAAGUGAAGCGAGAGCGGGAUCGUGAGGUGAAAUCGCUCCACCUGGUGCUCCAGCAGCUGAAGCAGGACAACGACAGUCUCAAGAAGCAGCUGACCGACAACGAGAAGACGUCGGAAAGCAAUAGAAUGAAGGUGCGACAGGAGAACGAAGUGCUGAGAAACUAUCUGAAAGCUGCCCAGGACGAUAUUACCACGCUGCUCGACGAGAAGCGUACCCUGAUGGCGACGAUCAAAUCGCUCCAGGAUCAGCUAACGUCGCUCGGUGACGUGCAGCUGGGCCAGCAGGAUGGCAAAAGAUAGCACAACUGCAUGGACUGUAUACAGUGCUGCGGUGAAAAUCCAUUCUAAGCCGGUUACUGCGUGACGUGUGAACCGAGAUAGGAGGGUAACGGUGGACGGACGGGUAAUGAUGCGAGGUGGUACACGAGCGGGUAGCGUAUAGAUCGGUUUGUGCUUAGCUAGGGUCGGUUCUCGAAAAGGAAAGCGGAAAAGUGUUAUUAAUUCUUUAAAAUAAUUUUGGCAAAUGGGACAAUUUGCGUCGGUUGCAUUGAAGCGGGAAAGGAAUGUUAGCCCGGUCCAUCGCCAUCAUACUUUACGCCCACCGUUACAGUAGCAUGUAUGAGUAAACCGUCUCAUCGAUGGACGGAAUCAAGUCCUGCCCACACACACACACACACACACACACACACACACACACACUGACACAAGCGAUCAAUGGCCAACAAAAAAAUGGCGAUUUUAUUUGUUUUAUUUUGAAUGUUUUACGGAAUAGACGUUACUGAACUAGAAGCAAAAUCCCAAAAAAAAAGGCAAUGAAUUAUAAUUGCCAUUAGUGAUGGGUGCGUCGUCCCGGACCUACCCGGUCGGAGCCAAUAAGUUCGGAUCGAUUCGCUACGGGUCGACCCGGACUCCUUCCACCCACGGGUCGAACUCCGGGUCGAUCCGUGUAGAGAGUUCGUACGACCCAUCACUGAUUGCCCUGUUUAGGGAGUGAACUUCACCGUUUUUAUUUGCGAAAAAAAUUCAACCAAAUGGCAACCAGCUAGCAAUAACGAUGCUAUUCGAUGUAGGAGCAGGACUCAGUGUUCGCGGGCGAUCGACAGUGAGCUGUGUGGUGUUGUCUUACUUACUAAACAAAGCAAAAACAAAAAACCCAUUCCUUCCAGAAACACGUUGUGAAUAGAAUGCACUGCUACCGUUCGUUACAUUCUUGUUUUUUUUUUUACUAGCAAUAAUAGCGCAUUCAUCAGGCCAAGAAUUCUGUGUGAUAUUAAUUUUACCUGCCCGUUUCGUUUCCUGGCUGUCUGGAUGUGGCUCCCAAUAACGUAAACGGCUACAACUGAGCGAAAGCAACAGUGUCUCUGGGGGCACUAGCACUACCAUUCCCGUACUGAACGAGGGAGAGAGCGGGAGAGAGAGAGAGAGCGAUAACGGAGUAAUAGACUCAUAAGCAUAAACCAGCCUGUAUUUAGGAUAGGAUUUGGCAAUACCUUAGCAAAUGGUGCGGGGAGUUAUCGGUUAAGGUUAAUGGUUGUUCUCGGUUCUCGCGCGUUCGAAUGUUCGUACACCGUUAAAUGGGUGGAUGGGGGGAUGCGGGGGAUUCCCAGCAAUUGCAUACAUGAGUGAAGGUUGUAUUUUUUUUCCCUGCUUUAGUUUAGUCGUUUUCUCUCGUGAUACACGCGUACGAACAAACCUUCGUAUCCUCCUAGUAGCUAGUCCGUUGUACAAAACGAAACGAAAAAGAAAGAAA